AUCAUGACCUGGGCUGAAGGCAGAUGCCUAAUGACUGAGCCAUCCAUGUGCCCCACAAUUGGUCAAUUUUUCUUAUAUGGUUAGUGUUUUCUGUGUCUUAGCUAAGUGUUGUUUUGUUUGUUUGUUUGGUUUAACCUUGAGGUCUGGAGAUAUUUCUUCAUGUAUCUUUAUGAAAUAUUCCAGUUUCCAGCUUUUCUAUUUAAGUCUAUGGUCCACUGUGAGUUGAUAUUCGCAUACAGAAUGAGGUAAGGGUCAACGUUCAUUUUUUUUUUUUUCCCCUAUAGAGAUGCCCAAUUGUUUCAGCAACACUUGUGGAAGACUUUUCUUUCUCUUGAACUGACAUGGUGCUCUGUCAAAAAUCAUUAGGCUGUAUAUGUGUGGGUCUAUUAUUCUACUUUCUAUUAUUUUUCAUUUAUAUGCUCAUGCAAAUAUCACACUGCCAAGAUUAGUAUUUCCUUAUUGUAAAUCUUCAAGUCAGAGUAAGUUCUCUAACUUUGUUCUUUAUGCCCAACAUUGUUCUGAUUGUUCCAGAUCAUUUGCGUUUUCAUGUAUAUUUAAAGCCAGUUUCUCAAUUCCUUUGAAAAUUCCUCCCAGGAUUUGGAUUGCAUGAAAUAUACAGACUCUAUAACCUAAAGUCUUAUGUAUAGACUCUAUGAACUCCACAGUUUGUGCAGAAUAAAUAUCUUAACAAUGAAUCUUCCAAUCCAUGGUAUAUCCCUCCAUUUUUAUGUCUUUCAUGUCUCUUAGCAGUAUUUUGUUGAUUUCAUGGUAGACAUUUUGUACACAUUUAUGAGAGUUAUACUUUGAUAUUUGAUUUUUUAUGGUAUUGUAAAUGGUAUUUUUAACAAAUUUCAUUUUUCAAAUUUCCAUUACCAGCAUAUAGAACUAUAAUUGAUUUUUGUAUAUUGAAUUUUUAUUCCACGAUCUUGCUAAACUCAUUUAUGACUUCCAGCAGCUUUUUAGUAUAUUUCGAAGGGCGAGCUACAUAAAAUUAUGCCGUCUAUCAGAAAGAGUAGUUUUAUCUUUUCCUUUACAAUCCGUGUGCCUUCUAUUUUUAUUUCUUUACUUUUCACAAAAAGACAUCGUUAUCUUGUUCUCUGCUUUAUCAGAUUAGGAAUGUUCCUUUUGGUUUUCAGUAUUCUAAGUGUUGUUAAUGAAGGAAAAGCUGUUGAAUUUUGUCAGAUGCUUGUUCUUAUUGCAUUAUUGGGAUAAUUGUAUGAUCUUUCUCUUUUAUUUUGUGAUGAACUAUUUUGACUGAAGAAAAGGGAUGAAAAUCACUAUCUCAUUAAACCCUCUCAUUGUCAGCCAUUCUUCGGUUUUGUUGGAAAGAUCCUACUACAGACCAAUCUAAAAACUUUGAAACACGUGUUCUCUUUUUGCCUUCUUUUCUUCUAAACAGUUAAAAAAUCUCAAUUGAACACGUCUGCUCCCUCUCUAUGACUUCCUGAAAGAGAUACCCCCGCCCCCCAAGCCUAAACAGAAGUCCUCAGCACAGAUCUGAGACUUGAGUGCCUCAGAGAAUGGUCUCCUCCUCACUUUGGAUGACCCCAGGGAGCCUUCCUGUGUUUGGGGGCCUCUUUCUUGGCCUCCUUCCCCUUAACCACAGGUGGUGCCCCUCUGCCCAGUGAAGGCUGUUUCCUCCCCAACCUGACUCUGGUGCAAAUCUCUCGGCGGCCUGUAGGGUGCGCAAGGAGCAGCACCGAGCGUCCCGGGGCUUUACAGGUCCCGUGGACACCGCCCACCGCCCGGGAGCUCCCGAAACUCGCUGCGCGCUGCUGGGACCACAGCAGAUCUCGGCGCAAGGGCGAGGCGUGGGAUUUUCCGGCUUCGUGCAGUAGCGCCCGCGAUCAAGCGGCUCCCGGAACUCAGAGGCGGGGCGCCCAGUGGAGUCCAUAUACCCGGUACGCUCCAAGGGGCGCCCCAGACUAGGAGCACCCCAGAACCAAAGCAUCCGGAACCGGGCGUACCCCCCGCCCCACCUAGGAAAACCGCGAACUGGGAGGAUUCCCAGCCCCGACCCUCACUGGGAGGAAUCCCCGACGAGGAGCAUCUCUGAUUGGAGCAUCCCUGACCCGGACACUCGGCGGGAUAGAACAGCGCCCCACCUAGCACUGCGGACACGGAGCUGCGUCCCACCACAGCCUCCGCGGCUGCCAGACGCCUUUUCUUUCCGCUUACUCUCUGUUCCUUUUUUUUUUUUCUUCUUCUUCUUUUUUUUCUUUUUUCCCUUUCUUUCGCCAACCUUCUCUAGUUGCCUUACAUCUUUAAUCACACUUGUGAUCACACUUUAAUCACACCCCUCUCGUUCCUUUCCUGUUUCCCAGUCCCAGUGGCUAGGGAGGCAGCGCACCGCACUUUCUCACCUGCUUCUGGAAACCCUGCCUCCGCCGUCGCGACCAGAGUGCAGGAGGGACGGCCGCCCCCGCCGGGGCCUCGCGGAACUCGGCUCUGAAGCAGACCUUAAAAAUUAACAGAAACCCAAACCAAGAAGAAAACAGCAGUGCCCUUUACAAGGCUGUGUCAACCUUAACCAGAGGAAAUAAUACUUUUCUUUCUAUCUGAGAGAAACCACUAGAAGCAGAAUCCUCAAGAUGCAUCGUAUAGAACUACUCUUGACAUUUCUGAUGUUUAUGUUUACAAGCACCUCAGAAACCUGUACUUUACGUUUUAACAUCACCGCAGUCAGAGGGGAGCCUUUCUAUCUGAAAUAUUGCUCAUUAGCACCUGAGCCCAAGAAUGAAACAGCUGCCGUAAGAUGGUACAAGAGUAGUGGAUCCCAUGGGCGCAUUGAGCUAAACUCAAGCAGUUUUCCCAGAAUUUCUCUGUAUGAUCAUGUUUUGGAGUUUUGGCCAGUGGAACUGGAGGACAGUGGAUCUUACUUUUUCCAUAUGGGAAAUAAUACACGUGAAUGGAAAUUAAAUGUCAUUGGAAAAAGUAAACACAGAUGUUUUGCUGAAAAACUACUAUUUAGUAAACCUGUGGAAGUUCAGAAAUCUUUGCGAGUCAAAUGUAUAAAUACACACUAUGAAAAACUGGCCAACAGAACAUCACUGUAUAAGAACUGUCAAGAGAUAGAGAACAAUAAAAACGCAGUUUUACUGAAGAAAGCAGAGUUUGAAGAUCAAGGAUAUUACACUUGUGUGUAUUUCAUUCCUCAUAAUGGAAAACUAUUUCAUGUCACCAAAACCUACAAUAUAACCGUAGUUGGAGAUCGCAGCAAAAUAACUCCUGUUCUUCUUGGACCAAAGCUGAACUAUGUGAAGGUGGAAUUAGGAAAAGACGUAAAACUCAACUGCUCUGCUUUGGCAAAUGAAAAGGAUGCUUUUUAUUGGAAUGUGUGGGAAGAAAAUGGAAAGGAACCUAAUGUACAUGAAGAGAACAUAACAAGAAUUAGGACUCCAGAUGGCAAAUUGUAUGCAUCAAGAAUAUUGAGAAUUGAGAAUAUUAAUGAAAAAAAUCUAAACUUUUCAUAUAAUUGUUCUGUGGCCAGCGAGGGAGGCACAGACAUUAUAAGCUUUGUCUUGUUGAAAAAAGAAGGUAUGGUUGACAUCCCAGGCUACGUCUUCACCAGAGGAAUGAUCAUAGCUGUUCUGAUUUCAGUGGUGGUUGUGUGCCUAGUAAUUAUGGGCAUCAUUUAUAGAGUUGACCUGGCCCUAUUUUAUAGACAUUUCAUGGGAAAAGAUGAAACAUUAACAGAUGGAAAAACAUACGAUGCUUUUGUGUCUUACCUGAAAGAAUGUGGACCCGAGAAUGGAGAGGAGCACACCUUUGCUGUGGAGAUUCUGCCUGAGGUGUUGGAGAAACACUUUGGGUAUAAAUUAUGCAUAUUUGAAAGGGAUGUGGUACCUGGAGGAGCUGUUGUUGAUGAAAUCCACUCAUUGAUAGAAAAAAGUCGAAGACUGAUCAUUGUCCUAAGUAAAAGCUACAUGUCUAAUGAAGUCAUGUAUGAACUUGAAAGCGGACUCCAUGAAGCGCUGGUAGAAAGGAAAAUUAAAGUCAUCUUAAUUGAGUUUACACCUGUGAGAGACUUCAUGUUCUUCCCCCAGUCACUACAGCUUUUGAAAUCUCACCGAGUUCUGAAGUGGAAUGCUGAUAAACCUCCAUCGUAUAACUCAAGGUUCUGGAAAAAUCUUCUUUAUCUGAUGCCUGCAAAAACGGUCAAGCCCUGUGGAGCUGAAUCUGAAGUCCUACCUGUUCUUUCACGGUCCUGAGCUUUAGGAAAGCUGAACAUAAGAAAGAACUGUUGACGCUCUGGGCCCAGAGUCGAUAGGCCUGUUUUUAACAAAGGCACUAUUAAAAAUGUUUACCUCUCUGAAAAUCCUUCUUACAGUUCGAAGAUGACAGUCGUCAUUAGGUUGCCAGGGAUAAGACUGAACACUGAGCUGCGCUCAUGUGCUCCUGGAGGAACCUGGAAUUCCAAAGCAAUGCAUCUCCUCUUUCUCCCUCCUCCAUAACUGGCUAUAGGUGCUCAUUCUCAAUUCAUGUUCAGCAACUGUGAGGCAGGGCAUGAAGCAGAACACCUUAGGCUCUUAUAAAAAGGGCCUGUCUCCAUGUUUGUUUGUUUGUUUUUUUAAAUUUCUUUUCAGCGUAACAGUAUUCAUUGUUUUUUUUUGCACCACAC